AUGUCAUUAUCGAAUUUUCCUAGUAAUCCUCUUCUUUUGGAAGAUGACGGGCAAAACCACAAUAACAACUCGUUAGAAACUACUUCUUUUAGCAAGCAAGGAGAGGAAGAGAAAGAAUUUGGCUCUGAUCCGAAUUCAAGGUAUUCUGAUAGCUCGCCAGGGGUUGACACCGAAGAGUACCAUCCACCUACCUCCGAUCCGCCUACUUCUUUUGAGCGCUAUAGUAUCGCUAGUACCAAUUUAGCGUCUCAUUUAUAUGAUCAAGAAUCCGGAAACUCCUCGCUCCUACCACGGCAAAAUUCACAUCCUGCACCUUCUGAUUCCUACCGACCUUCGGAUGACUUCGAUCAUCAGACUGCUUAUCCAUCCGAACCUCAACAAUAUUUAUACCCACUCCCUCAUUACCAACCUUACAUUAGCGAGCCAUACGAAAGCUAUAGCUCCAGCAAUCAAAGCUUCGACUGUCAACUCUACGGAAAUCAGCUCCCCGAUGAUCGACCUUCGAGGAAUAUCACCUCUAUAGAUGGUCAAACUUCCAACGACCAAUUUGCCAGUGAUCAAAUUUCCAGCAGUCGUUUCUUCGAUAGUCAAGGCCUUUCACUUCACCACAAAAUUCCUGCCAUUAUUCAGGGUCUUGAGCUUACUUAUGACGGAUACCCAGUUUUAAGGCCAGGUACCUUGACAAUGAGUAUCAUACCUCCACCCACUCAUAACGAACUCGGCUACCUCAAAGCAUGGAUCCCAAAAAAUGGUCCCGAAAUUGAGAAUUUCUUUGCUCAAAGGCACAGCAUGCAUCGGUGCAGCCCAAAUGUACCACUCCGUGACCAACUACAUGGUGUCAUCAGAAUCAUGUUGUUCGAACAAGCAGCGUUCGAACCUGAGAACGACGACAUAAACCAUAACUAUGAUUAA